AUGAAGUGGUACACCGCAGGAAGCACUCUGCUUCUGUCUCUUCAGGCAGCGGCAUGGGACUACUCUACCUAUUCGUCUAUGGAUUUCCAGCCUCCUAAGUUGGAGGUCAACAAAACUGGAACUACCGAUCCCGGGUAUAUCUUCCUCGGACCUCGUGGUGGCGUUCAGGCGGCUGGCUCCGCGGCGCUUAUCUACGAUGAUGCCGGCAACUUGGUCUAUGAAGGACCUGAAGAGGUCACUGCCAACUUCCGAACCCAGCAGCUCGAUGGCCAGGAUGUUAUCACCUUCUGGGCUGGUGACAUGAUGUCCAUUGGCUACGGUUACGGCACAAUCCACAUCCUUGACAACACUUACAAGGAGAUCUACACCGUCACUCUCACUGGCGCAUUUGUGACUCCUGACAACUCUGUCAAGGAUAGUUACUGUGACCUCCACGAGAGUGAAAUUACUCCUAGUGGCACCAUUAUUUGCACCGCCUAUAAUGUUACUCAGCACGACCUGACCUCGAUCAACGGCACUUCCUCUUCGUGGAUGUUGGACAGCCAAUUCCACGAGAUUGACAUCAAAACCAACCAGGUCAUCAAUUCGUGGAGUGCCCUCGACCACGAGGAUCAGAUUCCUCUGACUACCUCCCAUCAGGGUCUCGGCAAGGACGUUGGCACCGAGCAGUCCGACCCCUACGACGCUUACCACAUCAACGCCAUCGAAGCUACAAACCACGGAUACAUCAUUUCCUUGCGCCACAUGUGGUCCGGCUACUAUCUUGCCCAGAACGGCACCAUUUUGUGGACCGUCGAUGGUGAGGAUGGCGGAGAUUUCGAGCAAAUCAACAACCCCGGCUUCUCUUGGCAGCAUGACAUUCGCGUGUAUAACGAGACCGAUUCCAGCCUUGUGGUGAGUCUGUUCAACAACGCCAACACCCCCACCGACCAAGAAUCCGAAACCACCGGUGUGAGCAUGGCCAUCGACCUGGUCAAGAAGACCGUCACUGGUCUUCGCUCCCUCACCGACCCCAACGACCCCAUCCACUCCGUCAGCCAGGGUAGCUACCAACUUCUCAGCGAGGUGGACAGCCACGUCUUCAUGGACUACGGUUCCAUCUCCAAGGUGAAAGAAUUCGACGGUGACGGCAACGUUGUCUUCAGCGCUCAGUUCGGUGAGGACAACGCUGUCGCUUCCUACCGUGGUUACCGCUGCCAGUGGGCUGCCACUCCUUUCUGGAACCCCUCUGUUAUCGCCUCCAAGACCGACUCUAAUGUCACAGUCUACAUGAGCUGGAAUGGUGCUACGGAGUAUGACAACUGGGUUGUCUAUUCUGCCUCUGAUAACACUACCACCAGCACAAACACCAAGAUUGGUUCUGGUGACCGCACUGGCUUUGAGACUGCUCUCACUGUCGAUAUUCCCUCUGACCAGUACAUCCAGGUUGUCGCUCAGCAGGGUGAUAAUGUCCUCGGUACUUCCGAGUUUGUGACUUUCUAA